CCAUUUCUUUUUUUUCCUAGUGUAUUUAAACUGCCCCGUCCUUCUCGUCUUCUCUCGCUUCUCUUUGCCGCUUUUCCUCGUCCUCAUUCACCGGGUGUGACAGCUGCAGCUCUUUGACUUCUUCUACUUUAGUGAAAAAAGUAACAGUUCACUUCUGUAAAAAUGGCCAGCAGAGGAACCGUCAAAGCCAGCGCCAACUUCAACGCCAGCACGGAUGCUGAAAGCCUGUACAAGUCCAUGAAAGGCCUCGGCACCGACGAGGACGCCAUCCUGCAGCUGCUGACCUCCCGCAGCAACGCCCAGCGCCAGGAGAUCUCCUCGGCCUACAAGACUCUCUUUGGAAAGGAUCUGAUCCACGACCUCAAGGGGGAGCUGGGGGGCAACUUCGAGACGCUCAUCGUGGCGCUGAUGACCCCGCCCGUCGCCUAUGAUGUGACGUCGCUCCGCAACGCCGUCAAGGGGGCAGGAACCGACGAGAAGGUGCUGGUGGAGAUCCUGGCCUCUAGAACCGCCCAGCAGGUGAAGAACAUCGUCGCUGCCUAUAGGCAAGAGUACGAUGACGACCUGGAAGAGGACGUUGCAGGAGACACCUCAGGUCACUUCAAGAGACUUCUGGUCAUCCUGCUCCAGGCCAACAGGCAGACUGGGAUCCAGGAGGGAAACAUCCAGACUGACGCUCAGGUCCUCUUCAAGGCCGGCGAGCAGAAGUAUGGCACCGAUGAGCAAACGUUCGUCACCAUCCUGGGAAACCGCAGCGCCGAGCAUCUCCGGAAAGUGUUUGAGGCGUACAUGAAGCUGUCCGGCUACGAGAUGGAGGAGAGCAUCAAGAGGGAGACGUCCGGAAGCCUCAGAGCGUUGCUGCUGGCCGUCGUCAAGUGUGCCAGGAGCGUUCCAGCCUAUUUUGCUGAGACUCUCUACUACGCCAUGAAGGGUGCAGGAACGGACGACAACACUCUGAUCCGUGUGAUGGCCACUCGUAGUGAGGUGGACAUGUUGGACAUCAGAGCUGAGUUCAGGAGGAUGUUUGCAUGCUCCCUCCACUCAAUGAUCAAGGGUGACACCGGUGGUGACUACCGCAAGGCCUUACUGCUUCUCUGUGGCGGGGAUGACGCGUAACCACGACAACAGCGGAGCCUCCACCCCCCCACAGCGUCGGGAGACCGGCGCCAUUAUCUCGUACGAAGUCAAUUACCGCAACAGAAGGUUUUUUUUGAAACCAGGAUCCCAAAUAACGUCUUUGAGAGGUAGCUAACAUUUCACUCUUUGCUCCACUAAUCAUGUCUUUAAUGAUUCCAUCACACGUUUGUCUUUGCACGGAGCCAAUUAACUCAAUAAUAAACAUUUCAAUGGAUGAAGUACAAAUCUA